AUGAAAAAUUCAAAUGGUUUAACAAAUGAUUCUCGGAAACCCAAGUUUUACUUAGCGCCGAUGGUGCGGUACUCCAAGUUGGCCUUCCGACAACUCGUUCGACUUUAUGACGUUGACUGUUGUUAUACACCCAUGAUAUAUGCUAAAAAUUUCUUGGAAUCUGAAGAAUGUAGAUCUAGCGAAUUUUCAACUAUCCCAGAUGACCGACCUCUUAUUGUUCAGUUUGCGUCGGAUGACCCUUUCAUUUUCGGAUCUGCAGCGGAGUUAGUUUACAGAUACGCAACAGGUGUUGAUCUUAACUGUGGAUGCCCCAAAAGUGAUGUUCGAGCAAAAGGAUUCGGAAGUUUCCUUCUAAAUCAACCAGAUCUUCUGGGAGAUAUUGUUAGACAAUGCAGAGCUCGUAUUUCUGAUCCUGAUUUCACAAUUUCGUUGAAGAUACGUGUGCAGUACCCACUACAGAGAACUGUGGAUUUGUGCAGAAAGGCUGAGAAGGCAGGAGUGUCUCAUUUAACUGUGCACGGUCGGACACCUCAUAUGCGUAGCGAGCCGGUCGACUACGAUGCGAUCCGGUUAGUUAAGGAAUCUGUUGCCGUACCAGUGAUCGCAAAUGGAGGCAUUACUCAAAGAAUGCAAGCUCUUGACAUUGCUGAGAAAACAGGUGUUGACGGCGUGAUGGCUGCGAAUGGACUCCUUCACAACCCUGCCUUAUUUGCUGGUUAUGAAUAUACUCCAGCUAUCUGCGUUCGUGACUUUCUGCGUCUUUCCGCUAAUCAUGGUCUGCCAUUGCAAUUAUUCCAACAACAUGUGAUCUACAUGCUUAGAAAUCUCAUCACUCCAUCCCAGCGGCGAGUGUUACACCAGCUGUCAAGCCGCCCCGCUAUUGAAGAAUUCCUUGACAAUGUUUUGUCAAUAAAUGAUAUUCAUUACUUAACGUUUGUUGUUUUGCUGUUUCCCUAUAGGUAA